AUGGAAACCCAAGAACCAGGAUCUCAACCCACUGGAAGAGAAGACCCAAUGUGGCGAGUCAGGCCACACACCUGGGGAAAAGCAACAGGCCCAGGUGAACACAUCAGCGCUUUCCGGAAAGAGCUGCAGGGUCUUCCUCCAUUUUGUGACAUGAACCCACCACCAGAUCGGCCCCUAAAAGUCCAGCUUUUUGAGCAAUGGAUCGUAGUCGAUCUGACCAAGCAAGAUCUCAUCUGUCUUUUCUUUGAUAUACCCUCGACUCACACCGAAAAGGUCAGUGUCCGCUAUGCCAUUGCCAAAUCUAAAGAAUUAGCGGAUAAGAUUCCGAGAAACAAUUUCGGUCACUUAGUACAUCCACUAAGCGAAGUUCCUGAGGGGAAACAGCGAAUUUGUUUCAUGUUUGAAACAUUUCACUCUACUCAACCAGAAGUGCUCGAUAAAGACUUGGAGGUGAUUUUCGCUGGGGUGAAGAAAGUUCUGGACAAACAAGGGGAAAAAGGUCGAACGAAGGUGCUUCCGAUUGAGUGGGAGAAACGUUAUGUGUUUACGGUUGGACAGAUUGAGGAUAUAAAAACCUGGGGUGUAUCGCCUAGCAACAUCGGAGCCAUAGCUCUUGAGAGCUCACCUUUUUCUUCUCUAAGUUGAAGGACAUCGAUAACUGAAGGACUGCAUGGCUUUUUGUCUACUGUUUCAAUAAAGUCUCCGGUGAAG